AUGGGUAGUCGGCAACAGAGGGUGAUGGUGCAACCCAUCAAUGUCAUUUUCAAGUUCCUCCAACAAAAGACGCGCGUUUCGAUUUGGCUGUACGAUAAUUUGGACUUCAAGUUGGAAGGGGUCAUUAUCGUGAGUAGUUUAGACGUAGGUCUUUCGAUGCACGGGCGCUCAUGUGUCUGUUGCUCGUGAGUAGCCGCAUUCGACUUGAUUGAACUACUCUCAUCUUCGAUCCUCCAUCCUCCAUCCAUCAUCAGGGCUUCGACGAGUUUAUGAACGUGACAUUGGCAGAGGCGGAAGAGGUGCACAUCAGGAAAGAAAAGGCGGGUCAAAGAGCCGAAUUAGGUGAGAUACAAGACUCGACAAAAGCGCCUCCUGGUUCGUGGGUGGAGGGGGAUCUGGGAUGCAAGGGGAGAGACACAAAGACUCACGCGGUCACGUCUGGCCAAAUAUGUUGGUAGAUGUUUGGGAAAAGACGAGAGGUGCAUGGGGCGACGGCGCACAGCGGCCAGAGCUGGGUCGGGCUCGGAGGCACGACGACUGUGCGAGCAGUCGACUGGCCGGUCCAGUACCUUCACUUACCGUCUUGCUUUCUCGACUGACGGCAUCUCCCCGCGACCUCGAAUCAGGGAGAAUCUUGCUCAAGGGGGACAAUAUAAGCGUCUUGACGGUGGCUCAAUAG